AUGGGAAAUCGUCAAGGUUCUCAAUCUGAAAAUGAAAAUGACAAAAAUAAAGAACCUGAAGUUAAAAAAGUUUCUUUAAAAAAACUUUAUAGAUAUGCUUCAAAGUUUGAUUUAUUAUUAUUAUUUAUUGGUUGUUGUGUAGCAAUUGUAACAGGAUGUGGUUUUCCAUUUAUGUCAAUAAUAAUUGGAGAUAUAUCAUCAGCUUUCAUUAAUUCUAUGACACUUCAAUCUUUAAAUGUUUCAACUGAUUUAAAUAAUUGCCAUAAUGUAGUAUAUCAUAAUAUAGUUUUUAAUUAUACAUGGUGUCAAUUUCGAGACGAUAUAAUGGCAAAAUGUUAUGAUUAUGUAUAUCUUGGAUUUGCUAUGUUUAUAGCUGCAUUUAUACAAGUUUUAUGUUUUCAGAUAUCUUGUGAAAAUGUUAAUCAUAUUAUAAAAAAAAAAUUUUUAUAUGCAACAAUGAGACAAAAUAUAGCAUGGUACGAUAAAAAUUCAUCUGGAUCAUUAAAUACAAAAAUGUUUGAUAAUCUUGAACGUGUAAAAGAGGGCACAGGUGAUAAAAUGGGAUUAUUAGUUCAAUUUGUAGCACAAUUUUUUGGUGGAUAUAUUAUAGCUUUUACUUAUGAUUGGAGAUUAACAUUAAUUAUGAUGGCUUUAUCUCCAUUUAUGGUUAUAUGUGGUUUUUUCCUUGCUAAACUUAUGGCUACAGCAGCAAAAAGAGAAGCUGAAAAAUAUGCUAUUGCUGGUACAAUUGCUGAAGAAAGUUUAUCAAGUAUAAGAACUGUUACAGCAUUUAAUGGACAACAAAGAGAAUGUAAAAGAUAUGAAUUAGCACUUUUAAAUGCUAUGAAAGAUGGAAUAAAAAAAGGUGCUGUUGUAGGUGGUGGACUUGGAUUAACAUUUCUUAUAAUAUUUGCUUCAUAUUGUUUAGCAUUUUGGGUUGGUACAGAUUUUAUAUAUGAUGGAAAAGUUGAAUCAAAUGUUGUUUUUACUGUAUUUUUUUCUGUUAUGAUGGGUUCAAUGGCUCUUGGUCAAGCUGGUCCACAAUUUGCUGUUUUAGGUACAGCAUUAGGUUGUGCAUCAUCUUUAUUUGAAAUUAUUGAUAGAGAACCAGAAAUUGAUUGUUAUUCAGAAGAAGGUUUAAAACCAUCUAAAAUAAAUGGUAUUGUUGAAAUGGAAAAAGUAGUAUUUAAUUAUCCAUCAAGACCUGAAAUUCAAGUUUUAAAAGGUAUUUCAUUUAAAGCUGAAGCUGGACAAAAAAUUGCUUUAGUAGGAUCAUCAGGAUGUGGUAAAAGUACAACAGUUCAAUUAUUACUUAGAUAUUAUCAACAAUUAGGAGGAUCAAUUAAAAUUGAUGGAUAUAAUAUUGAAGAUCUUAAUAUUAAGUAUUUAAGAAAUAUUAUAGGUGUUGUUUCUCAAGAACCUAUUCUUUUUAAUUGUUCAAUUGAAGAUAAUAUAAGAUAUGGAAAUCCUAAUGUAACAGAAGAACAAAUAAUGCAUGCUUGUAGAAAUGCAAAUGCUGAAAAUUUUAUUAAAUCAUUACCACAAGGUUUAAAAACACUUUGUGGUGAAGGUGGAUCACAAUUUUCAGGUGGUCAAAGACAAAGAAUAGCUAUUGCUAGAGCAUUAGUUAGAGAUCCAAAAAUAUUACUUUUAGAUGAAGCAACAAGUGCAUUAGAUUCAGAAAGUGAAGCUAUUGUACAAAAAGCAUUAGAAAAAGCAUCACUUAAUCGUACAACAAUUGCUAUUGCUCAUAGACUAUCUACAGUAAGAAAUUCUGACUUAAUUCUUGUCAUGAAAGAUGGUGAAAUUUGUGAAAAAGGAAAACAUGAUGAAUUACUUGAAAAAAAAGGUUUAUACUAUGAACUUGUUAAUGCUCAAUCAUUUACUGAUAUCAAUCCAAAUGAAUCAGUUGAAGAUAAAUUGAGACGAGAAAGAUAUAUCAGUAGUUCAUCUACUAGAAGUAGAUCAGGAAGUAUAUUAUCACUAAAAAAAGAUGUUAAAGAUUUAGGUGAUCCUUCUUUAUUUACAAAAAAAGAUGUUGAUAAAGAUAAUAAACCUGAUGAUAAAUCUGAAUUAAAACGUUUACAACAAGAACUUGAAGCUGAAGGUGCUGGAAAAUCUGAUUUAAUUGAAAUACUUAAAUUUGCAAAACCUGAAUGGAAAUUUCUUUUUAUUGGUUUAUUAUUAUCAGCAAUUCAAGGAGUUAUUAUGCCAAUUUUUAGUCAAGUAUUUUCUCAAAUUAUGAAAGUAUUUUCAUUGACAGAUCGGGAAGAAAUGAGAAAAGAAGGACAUAUUUAUGCUAUGAUGUUUUUGGCUCUAGGUAUAUUUCAAGGAGUAACACUUAGUGUUUCUGCAUUUUUUUUUGGUUUGUCAUCAGAAAACUUAACUGCUAGACUUAGAUCAUUAUUAUUUAAAAAUAUAAUUGGUCGAGAAAUAGGAUAUUUUGAUGAUGAUAUACAUUCUACAGGACGAUUAACAACAAGAUUAGCAACAGAUGUACCAAAUAUAAAAAAUGCUUUAGAUUAUAGAUUAGGUCAAGUUUUUAGUGCAAUUGUUAGUUUUGGUUCAGGUAUUGGAAUUGCAUUUUAUUUUGGAUGGCAAUUAGCAUUAUUAUUAGUUGCUAUAUUUCCAUUAGCUGGAAUUACUCAAGGAUUUCAUUUUAAAUAUGUAAGUGGAAGAAUGAAUCAAGAUAAUGAAGGUAAUGAAGAAGCUGGAAAAGUUGCUAUGGAAGCUAUUGAAAAUAUAAGAACAGUUCAAGCUCUUACAUUAGAAAAAAAACUAUAUUCAAAGUUUUCAGAAUAUUUAGAAUAUCCUCAUAAAACAGCAAAAAAAAAGGCUUUACUACAAGCAAUGAUUUAUGGAGCAUCUAGUUCUAUAGUUAUUUUUGUAAAUGCUGCUGCAUUCAGAUUUGGUUUAUGGUUAAUUUUAAAUAAUGAUAUUGAACCACUUAAUGUAAUGAAAUGUAUAUUUGCUUUUGGUUUUACUGCUCAAUCAAUUGGAUUUGCUUCAGCUUAUUUUCCAGAAUAUGUUAAAGCAAGAUUAGCAUCUGGAAUUGUUUUUAAAAUGUUAAAUGAAAAACCUUCAAUUGAAUCAUUAACUGAUAGUGGUAAAAAAAUAGAUGUUGAAGGAAAUAUUAAUUUAAAAAAAAUUUAUUUUUCAUAUCCUCAAAGAUCAUCUGUUCGUGUUUUAAAAGGUCUUGAUAUUUCAAUAGAAAAAGGAAAAUCAUUAGCACUUGUUGGACCUUCAGGUUGUGGAAAGUCAACUUGUAUAGGACUUUUAGAAAGAUUUUAUGAUGUUUUAGAUGGAAAUGUUUUAAUUGAUGGUGUUGAUAUUAGAGAAACAAACAUUCAAAAUAUUAGAAGUCAAAUAGCAUUAGUAUCACAAGAACCAAUACUUUUUGAUUGUUCUAUAAGAGAAAAUAUUCUUUAUGGAUUAGAAGAUAAAGAAAUUACUGAUGAAGAAAUAAAUAAAGUUAUUAAAGAAAGUAACAUACAUGAAUUUAUUGAAAGUCUUCCUGAUGGAUUAGAUACAAAUUGUGGUUCGAAAGGUUUAAGUAAACUUUCUGGUGGUCAAAAACAAAGAAUAGCUAUUGCAAGGGCAUUAAUUAGAAAUCCAAAAAUUCUUUUAUUAGAUGAAGCUACUAGUGCAUUAGAUACAGAAAGUGAAAAAAUUGUUCAAGAAGCAUUAGAUAAAGCAUGUGAAAAUAGAACUGUUGUUAUUGUUGCUCAUAGAUUGACAACAGUUCAAAAUUGUGACUGUAUAGCUGUAGUUAACAAUGGUAUAGUUGUUGAAAAAGGAACACAUCAAGAACUAAUUAAAAAACGUGGUAUAUACUAUGAUCUUACUGAGCGUCAAAAUAUCAAUAAGUAA